AUGAUAGCGUCGGCAACGCCACACGCAGGCUGUGAGACAGCCACUGCCAAGAUUGUUUUGCUUGGUGAGUCCGCCGUAGGCAAGAGCUCCAUCGCACUGCGUUUUGCACGGAAUGAGUUUUGUCCCAAUCAAGAAACUACCGUUGGCGCUGCCUUUCUCUCGAGGACUGUGAGCGUGCCAAAUUCUUCUUCUUCCACGCAGGAUUCUACCGCGUUUGGGGCUGUAAAGUAUGAGAUUUGGGACACGGCAGGGCAGGAGCGGUAUCGUUCACUCGCACCCAUUUAUUACCGCGGUGCAUGCGGGGCGUUGGUUGUUUAUGAUAUCACAAGUGUGGAUAGCCUCAAGAAGGCCCAGACGUGGCUACGUGAGUUACGCGCCAAUGCGGAUCCGACGCUGGCCAUCUUUCUGCUGGGGAACAAAAAGGACCUGGAGUCGCUCCGGCAGGUUUCGCAUGAAGAUGGGAAAGCGCUCGCGCAGGAGGAAGGCGUAAAUGGCUUCUUUGAAACAUCCGCCAAAGAGAAUGAGAAUAUUGAAUUGGUAUUUGUAGAACUUGCGCGAACGCUGCUCGAACACGGACUGGCAUCGUCGUCCUCAGCCGGCGGAGUGGGGGGUACGCGUGGGGCAAAACGGUUGGAGCCUCCCUCACGUCCUUCAAAGACGUCGGGUACAUGCUCUUGUUGA